CGCCCCCCUCGCAUCUAGCUAAUCUCUACGAAGAAACGCGCUCAGAUGCAGACGGCGCAGCAGACGAAGCUAUCACCGGGAGGAAAAUCCGAGGAGCUGCUGGGGUUUCGUGAAACCUUUAGACUCUCGUCUUUCGUAAGGGAGCAUCUCCUUCCCACAACUGGUUUGGAUGACCCGGGACUCCUUCAGGCCAGACUGAUAGGUCAAGAGAGAAAUGGGGGAGUACUGUUUUCUUGGCGACAACCAACAGGGGGACCAAGACCAGACGAGGAGAACAAAGAAGAUGUGGGGAGUGGGGCAGUAACAUGUGUUGGAUGGCAUGUAUUCAACACAAACAAUUUCCUUACGCUCUACAAGCAUUCAAAUGAUGAAACCAUCCAUGCUGCCACUGUUAGCUACGAACACGCACUCCUGGCCUUUACGGUGAUAAAGGAAGACAUGUACGGUGAGAUUGUAUACAACUCGCUUGUUGCUGAGAUCCAGCCUGAGGGUCGAGUCUUUGACCUCAAUCUCGAGAGCUCCGAGUUCCGCAGGCUCCAGUUUGUCCACAUGGAGCCCUCCCAGCGGCCUAGGCACGGUCGACAGCAGCAGCAACUGCAGUCCUGUCUGCUGGUGGUAUGUCCCAACAACUUUGCGGCCAUCUACACCUUCAAGAUCCAGUGCAUCCGCACCGGCUAUGUGGUACUUCAUGAGCCCGAUAAAGAGGUGCUCUGCAGCGAAUUUCACUGGUACCAGUGGGAUCCCUCCACGCAGUGGCUCUACCUAGCCCAGUUUGAGAGCUCCGGGACCAGGAUGCAGUCCCUACUGAGCGGGGAUAACUCGAUUGUUCUUCACUGCUACAGCUUUGCACAGCACAAGCACGACCUGAGUGCUAACUGUGGCACUGCCACUCCCCUACACUGUCGAACACUACCUGAGGGGAGAAACAUACUACCCCUCACCACUAGCUCUUGUCCUCCCGGUUCAAGAGAUCAACAUGCAGGUUCUCUACCUCCGAAACGGCCUUUGGUGUGCAUGCCUGCAGCAUGGCAAUGGGGUUGCAUAUCAGGGGACUGUUGCCACUGAAAAUGGUGCCGAGAAACCAGAGGUGCCAGAGGGUGGAAAGCUUGAUUACACCAUCUUCAUCUUCAACAAUGGCCACAC